UGAACCUGCCUCUCCCUGGUGAUUCACAUGACAGCUUGUCUAAAAGGCUUUGAGUGUCAGUCCAGAAAUCCAGGGUGUCAGUUAACACUUUCUCCCCAGCGGUGUAAAGAUUUACAGAGCUGGAGUUUCCCCUCUCUGUUGUCCCCCAGCUCUGCUCUGAAGACACCCAGCCAGCCCCUUUCCUCUGUUUUAAACCCUAGGCAGGCACCAUCCCCUCCUCACUUUCCCUGUGCUUCCUAUGCCUUGUGUGUUGUUCCACCUCCACUGACCGAGCCAGGUUUCUUGUAAUCAAUAAGCCGUUUGUUUUCUCUCCUGUUUGGUGGGGGUGAGCAUCUGAGCAGCACAUCGGGAUUAUAAAAGGGGAUGGAAUCUGUCCACAGUGCACCUGUGAGAUGGAGGGAGAGAGCAUGAGCGGGGCAGACAUGUCCAGAGGGGAAGUGAAAAUCAGUAUUGCUUUAAAAUCAACUAAAAUGCAGACUCCUGCAUGUGGUAUUUCAGAUUUUCAUGGGAAAGAGGCCCUGAAAACCUCUCCUCCGCUUUCGUUUGUUGCCUCUCCACAGCUCCUUCCUCUUUGCAGCCAACAGUCCUGAGAUCGUUAAAUCUUCUGGACAGAGCCCAUUUUGCUGCUUGCUUGGAGAUCUUUUUUUAUUUUUAUAAUUGCUGGAUGUUUCCUUUAUAGCUGUUCCUGCAACUUCAGGUACCGGUAGCUGCACCGGGCUGUGGCUAUAUGUUGCUCUCUAUGCUCCACAGGGCUACAUGAUCCAUUAAUUUUUCUGAAAAUCCAUUUGAUGAUAAAUACGUUAUUAUAGCACCUUUCAUCCUAAACUGCAAUGGCCUUUACAAGCAGUAACUAAGUGGCAUAACGCCCGUGGCAGUUAGAUGAGCACAAUUGUCCCCAUUUUACAUGAAGAAACUGAGGCACGGAAAAACAUCACUCUCAUCACUAGGCUACACUUCUUCCCUCUGCAUAGGAAUAAGAGUUGCUAUAACUUAUUAACUAUUAAUGAUGGGACUUUGCAUUUGAGUUUUGCUUGCUGAUACCUGGUGAUGGAAAACCGAAGCGGAAUCAGCGACCUGCUUCUAAGUAUCCUUGAGGACCUUCCUCAGGAGGCCUUCAAAAGAUUUAAAGACAAACUCUCACACACUGACUUUGAGGGGAAGGGUCCCAUCCGCCGAGGUCGGCUGGAGAACGCCGACUGGACAGACACUAAGAACCUCCUGAUGGAAUCCUACGGUGGAGCUGCUGCAGUAGAUGUAACCAUAGAUGUUCUCACUCAGAUCAACCUCCAAGAGUCCGCUGCACAACUCAGAGCAGGAAGUGAGAAAGUUUUGUCAAAGGAAAAGAAGAAAACAGCACAAGUUAAAGAAGAAACAAGAGGGAACAACAGACAAUGGAAUCAGGGACCAUAUGCAGAGACACAUCAUGCUAAGGAUCUGCGAAUUGAUAAUCCAUCUCUGAAAGGCUCUGCUUACCAGAGGAAGUACAGAGAACAUAUACAAGAAGAAUAUCAAGUAAUCGAAAACAGGAAAGCUCUCCUGGGCGAACAUGUGAGUUUAACCAAAAGAUACACAGAACUGCUUAUUGUAAAGGAACAUCGAGGGCGGGAGGAGAAAAAACAUGAAAUCAUCACCAGAGGAAGGAGACACGCAGAACUGAUGGCUCAACAAACCAGUCUCACUCAGAUUAAUCUUUUAUUUGAUUCUGAUGGAAAUUUACAAAACCCAAGAACUGUUGUGCUGCAAGGAGCUGCUGGGAUUGGGAAAACAGUGACAGCGAGAAAGAUCAUGUUGGACUGGGCAGCUGGAAAACUCUAUUGGAAAAAGUUUGAUUAUGUUUUCUAUAUAAAUUGCAGAGAAAUAAAUCAUAUUCUUAAAAAUCAAAGCGGUGCCAAAAAUCGAAGUGCUGCCGAUUUGGUUUUGAACAAUUGUCCUGAUAGAGAAGGACCAAUUAAAGAAAUCUUUGAGAAGCCAGAAAAACUCCUGUUUAUAAUAGAUGGUUUUGAUGAAUUAAAUUCCUUGCUAGACAUUGAUGAUGUUAGCCUGUACAUGGACCCAUUUGAGAAGAGGCCAGUGGAAACCACCCUGUGCAGUUUAUUGAGAAAGAAGGUUCUUCAAAAAUCUUUUUUGCUGAUCACUACGAGACCAACAGCUCUGGAAAAACUAAAGGAGAAUCUGAAACUUCCACGUUUUGCAGAGAUAAUGGGAUUUUCUGCAGAUGAGAGGAAAGAAUAUUUUCAUAAAUUUUUUUGUGAUGAAAAGAAAGCAACAGAAGCCUUUAAUUUUGUCAAAGAAAAUGAAAUGCUCUUCACCAUGUGCUUUGUCCCCAUUGUGUGUUGGAUCAUCUGCACAGUUCUGAAACAACAAAUGGAAAAAAAGGAAGAUCUGACACAAACUUCAAAAACAACCACAUCAGUAUAUUUGCUCUUUCUCUCCACCCUGAUAACAGAUCAUAUCACUGACACAAUAGAACAAUCUAAAACUAACCUCUGGGCGCUUUGCUCAUUGGCUGCAGAUGGAAUUUUAGAACGAAAAAUACUGUUUGAAGAAGAUGACCUAAAGAAACACAAUUUAUCCUUGUCUAACAUUCACUCUCUCUUUCUGAGUAAAAACAUUUUUCAGAAGGAUACAGAAUAUGAAAAUGUCUACAGCUUUAUUCACUUGAGUUUCCAAGAGUUCUUUGCAGCUUUGUUCUAUGUGCUGGAGGAAGAUGAAGAGAUAAUGAAAAAUUCUCUGUCUUCUAAGAAAGAUGUGAAAAGCUUGCUAAAAAAUUAUGGAAUAUCUACAAAUAAUUAUUUGAUGCUAACAGUGCGUUUCUUGUUUGGUCUCUCAAAUAGAGAAAGACUAAAUGACACAGAGAAAAAAUUACAUUGUAAAACAUCGUCUGGAAUAAGAGAUGAUUUAUUGCAGUGGUUUGAAGAAGAAACUAAAAAAAUCUCCUCUCUUUCCUAUAAGACCUAUGAGGAGCUGCAUGACCAGCUUGAAUUGUUUCAUUGUUUGUAUGAGA